AUGCACGGAUUGAUCCACACCGUCUGGAAAGAGUUCAUUGAAGAAAAGUAUGGCCCAGAGGUGUGGAGGAAGGCUUUACAAGCCUGCGAUGUGCAAGACGACACCGAGUUCCUUGAGUUCAAGCAGCACGAGGACAAGCUCACCCACCAAGUCAUGUCGGCGAGCAUGGGCGUCGCCGCGAUCAGCCUGGAGGCUAGUCUAGAGCUCUUUGGAGCUUACUUUGUGCAAUUCAUGGUCCGGCAAGGCUGGACACAGUGGCUGCAAGCCAUGGGAAGUUCCCUGCAGGAGUUCGUCCAGAAUCUGAACGACAUGCACCAUGUCCUGGAGCGGGACUUUCGCUCAGCCUGCUUUCCAAUCUUUACUGCUUCCA